AUGACGACAACGGCGCGCAGAGACAGCAUCGGGCAUGUCACCAAAGCCCAUGUCAAUUUAAUGACCGACACCAUUAUUGCAAAUCUCCCUUUGGACGGUCUUCGCUCUGUCAUGCGCUCAGUCCUCACAACCGAUCCCUUAUUUACAUCUGCCUUUGAAGCACAUACUCGGAAAUAUCUCCAGAAGGCGACUGUUCCAACCCCGGAAGAAUUUUUCGCCUGCAACGAGGAACUUGGUUGGCAUACAACCCCAUCCUUUGAUCAAGCACAACAACUAGUUCGCGCAGGUUUGGGGUGUGGUCUCGUUUUUGAGAGCUUGCAACAGAUUAGACUCAUUGUCGAUCAGGCUGCAUAUGUGUUGAUUGACCCAACGAGCACGGGCGGUCAGAAGUUGGCCAGCCGUCUGAUUUCGGUGGAUGGCGACAUUGUACAGGCCAUUACUGCGGUCCAAAAAGCGUUGAAUGAACCCACAGGUCAAAGAGGUCUGACCUUGGCCGAGCAGGCCGACAUUGGCUCCCUCUACCAGUCUCUCCUCCGUUGUUACGAUGUAUGGACACGCAAUAAUCAGGAGUUUUUCCUCGAUCGAAGCCUCAGCCUAGUAGCUGAAGUGUCAGGGCAAUACCAUCCCCAAGACUCAUCCAUCGAAGAUGCUCCCACCUCUAUCACCAACAGUUAUGAUGGAAGCCUCAUCGAGACCUUUGAGCUGUCUGGGGUCGCCCUCCCGAGGCUUUUUUCAGGACUGUGGCAGCUCUCGAGUCCUUCGUGGGGAGUUGCAUCGAGGGCCAAGAUUUUCCAACAGUUUUCAACCUUUGUUCACAAGGGAUAUACGGCUUUCGACAUGGCCGACCACUACGGUGAUGCUGAAAUAUUGUUUGGUCAAUUUCGGAGUUCCUACCCUCAGAAACAGCUACUCUUUGGAACCACCAAGUACUGUGUAUUUCACCCUCUGACCAUCACGGAGAAAGUUGUUCAGGAUAAUGUCAGUGAACGAUGCCAAAGGUUGAAAUCGAGUUCCAUUGAUCUGCUCCAGUUCCACUGGCAGUUUUAUGACGAUCCACAAUACAUUGAAGCCCUCCAGUUCCUGCAAAAGGAUCCGCGAGUCAAGCUCUUGGGACUAUGCAAUUUUGACACGCAGAGAAUGCAAGAAAUCCUAGACGCCGGGGUCAACAUCGUCACGAACCAAGUGCAGUUCUCUCUAAUUGAUUCUCGCCCUGCUUUCAAAAUGGGUGCUGUUUGUGAGAAAUAUGGUAUCAAGUUGUUGACAUACGGGACAUUGUGUGGCGGCUUCCUGGCGGAGAAAUGGCUUGGAAAGCCCGAACCCAAACUCUUCGCGGACGAUAUGACACCGAGCCAGAGAAAGUACUUUGAGAUGAUUCAGGCAUGGGGCGGAUGGGAGCUAUUUCAAGAGUUGCUACAGGUAUUGAAAGAGGUGGCAGACAAGCAUGGGGUGGCAAUGGCUAACGUGGCGACACGUUGGGUGUUGGACUUUCCCUAUGUUGGUGCGGUGAUUAUAGGGGCACGCAUGGGGGUGAGCGAACAUUGUGAUCAGAACCUCGCCAGCUAUGGAUGGAGUUUAGAUCAAGAAGACCAUGUGGCCAUUGAUGGCAUUCUUGCUAAGAGUCGGCGGGAAGAGAUCUUUGAUGUUAUGGGAGAUUGUGGUGGUGAGUAUCGAUGACACCGGGAGGGCUAUUGUGUUUGCACCGCCGUGGUUUCGGCGUGACUGAAGCUGCGAGGUUGCAAACGGGUGAUUUUCAAGCGGGAGUGGCAAUUGGGAUCUGGACAUGCGACAAUGGCAUCAGUCGACAUCCAGUCAUUGGGG